AUGGACAGUUCGUUCUGGGUUGGGGGGUAUCAGGAUCGGGAUACCACGCCUGCAAUCACGGAUCAAAGCAAGGUAUAUGCGGAUGGAAUGAUCGCGUUUAAUACGACGAGUGGGGAGUUUCGGCAGCUAUCGGCGCCGUUUUCGCCUGUGCAGAAUGGGGCGUUGGUGUAUGUUUCUGUUGGAGAGGGGCUAUUGGUGUAUGUGGGUGGAGAGACGCCGUCGGUUGCGGACGGGGUGAAUGCUACUAUGACUCCAAACUCGUGGGAAUACGUGUUUGUGUACGAUAUCGCAGAGGAUAGAUGGUAUAACCAGACGACUACCGGAACAGUCGCGGCGAGGACCGAGUUCUGCGCUGUGGCGCAGCAUGAUCCGUCCUCGUCGACGUACGAGGUCUAUGUUCUUGGAGGCGCGGACUACGAGUCAAAAGAGGUUUUGAGCGAUGUGUACGUGUAUUUCUUACCUGGUGGGAGCGAAGCUGAUAUCCGCAGAUCCUACCUUUCCGUUCCAUCGUUCCACUGGUACAAAGCUGCGGACCUCGAGCAACAACGGAUGACGCUGGUUUGUGAAGCGUAUGGGCCACAGGUGUUUGGGAUUGGGGGACGGAUCAACUGGGCUGAUGAUCAGGAUGCUGGCUGUUAUACCAUGCCUGCUUUCAUUUAUGAUGUGAAUAGUGGAAGUUCCAGGACCAAGUUCAAUCCCGCUCUGACGAGCUAUGCUCAACCAUCUGCUGUGGCUGAACGGACGAAAGUCUCGCCAUAUCCGGCUACCUGGGCAGACUCGUCACUGAAAGAUCUAUUCGUGCCGACGGGGACCUCAUCUUCAACCGCUAGUACUUCAGAGACGAAACACAGUCAUGGUACGCCUGUAGGGGCUAUAGUGGGCGGUGUCAUUGGAGGAGUUGCAGUUAUCAUUAUUGCGAUAGUAGUAAUAGUACUCAUGACACGGAAGAAGAGGAGUUCAAAGGUCACGACUGAAAAAGGGUGCUUGCAGACAACCGAGCUGCAGGGGUACAGCUUGCCUGAUGAGCUCGAUGGAAAUCCAAGACCGAAUGAGUUGAGUGGUAGUUCAAGAUAUGUCUUUGAGCUACAUGGGAAUUAA